GAGAGCGCCCAGCCCUGGAGCGACGCCAUGCCUUUGCAAAGGCCUUUUGCACCCGUUGAAGUCGUGCUAGGACGGUUUGAUCUGGUCAUUGUGGAAGAACAGAUGAAAACUUGGAUAAUGUUAGAUGUUGCCCCAGGGCGAAUUCCCAUGUUGGUAGCUGAGGAGCUUGAAGAAAUCCGCAAAUGUGGAAUGAAGAAUUUCCGUAAUAUCCAGGUGGACGAAGCUAACUUAUUGACUUGGCAAGGGCUUAUUGUUCCCGACAACCCUCCAUACGACAAGGGGGCGUUCAGAAUCGAAAUCAACUUUCCUGCAGAGUACCCAUUCAAACCUCCCAAGAUUACAUUUAAAACGAAAAUCUAUCACCCUAACAUCGAUGAAAAGGGGCAGGUUUGUCUGCCGGUAAUUAGUGCUGAAAACUGGAAACCAGCCACCAAAACUGAUCAAGUAAUCCAGUCCCUCAUAGCACUGGUGAACGACCCUCAACCAGAGCACCCCCUUCGAGCCGACUUAGCCGAAGAAUACUCUAAGGACCGUAAAAAAUUCUGUAAGAAUGCUGAAGAGUUUACAAAGAAAUAUGGUGAAAAACGACCAGUGGACUAAACAAAAAACAAACAAACGACAACAACAAAACAAAACACAACAAAACAACAACAACAACAAAAACAACACCUGACCGAGUUGAUGUCAGCAAUGUGUGAUAGAAGAGCUGAAGAAGUGCAUUUCAGACACAACCCCCAAAGCAGGACUCUCUAUGGAAAUUGACAAGUUGUCACCUCUUGGUGUUAACUUGUAGCUGUUAAAACUAACUUUCUACCGUUUCUUAAUCAAAAGUGGUCUAGGUAAUCUGUAAAGAAAGGAUUAAAAAUUUAAGAUGUUCUAGUUCUGCUUUCUUUGUUUAAAAUCACUGCUUUAAUGUACUUUUAAAGAAUGCUAUUUCUUUUCCUUUUCUUUUUCUCUCCUCACAAUUUAUCAGAAAGUCUUAGGCUUAUAACUUGCCCUUAAAAUUCAGAAGGUCGCGGCUGUUAGUUCUUAUUUUCCUUUUGCAAAUUCUCUCUCUCUUUUGUUUUUCUCCCCCAUUUCUUGGUUGCCCUUUAUUUUUUCCUCCUCCCUUCCUCCUCCUCUCCCCCCCCCACCUCAAGACAGAAGAAAACAAAACCACACAUAA